AUAAUAUUCUUGAAUUAGAGAUUAAUUUUGAAAAUGAAAAAUGGUUGUAGAGUUUUGAUGUUUAUAAUGUUGUUGGCGAUGGCCAGUGCAGCUGCACCUAAUGCUUCAGAGUGCAAAAAAGAGAGGAGACUUGCCGUCAACGGAUGCAAAAGUGUAUUGUACGGCAGACCUCCGUCAUCGUAUUGUUGUCAACGGGUUCGGGUUACUCACUUUAAGUGUGUAUGUCCCAUUAUCACCCCCAAAUUGGCCGCUCUUGUUGAUGUUAAUCGUCUUGCCAAACUCAUCCAAGGUUGUGGACGCAGACUUCCUCAUCACUUCAAGUGUGGAAGUCUGACGUUACCAUAAAAAUAAUGAAAAGGGAUGAUAUCAGGCAGGUGUUGUCGAAGCAUGGGAGAGAGAGAGAGAGAGAGAGGAGAAAGCUCAAAGCUAGUCAUUAAUAUUCGAAGUUGGUUUCGAUUGUAAGUCACGUAGAUCAUGCGUCUACUUGUAUGUUAAGAGUUUACUUACGGAGAUCGAUGUAUACUUUAUGUUGUUAAAUUUCAUGUCGUU